AUGCCAGCUUUUUUUGCAAACAGUCAAAACAGACAAGUUGGCGUGAUUGCAGUAUAUUUAAGAACAGCAGUGUCCGUAGUCGAACGAGAGCACACCCUCGCCCUUGAGUAUGAAUCUAUCCGGAUGAAGCUAAAAGAGGUAAAUUUACAGGACUCAGAAUUUCAGGUGGUAUGUAGGCCACCGAACAUGCUGAGUGCAGCUGACGAGUCGCUCCUUAGUCUGGUGAAGGGAGCAGUUAUCCACCAAGAGGUUCUUAUUAUUGACGACUUCACUAAACUUGUAAUAGACUGGGAAAAUCUGACAGUCGAGGAGGCGCCAACUUCUUAA